UCGUAAAAAUUCCCAGGUAUUUUUUCAUGGGUUAUCUGUCUGAAUAGGUCAGGCCCCAUCCAUCACUACGGCCGCUCCCAAUGUGGCAUUGUCGAACCCGUAAUGGCUUGUUAAAAGGUCCUCACCACCCGGCUUCUUAGAUGGCCGGAUGGCCGAGCAGCCUACUUCUCUGGGGACCCGGAAUCGAAUUUGGUAAGGGUCGAAAAAUCUCGAGGAAUUUUACAGGGGUAGUCCGUCUGGAUAUGUCUGGUCCGUCCCUCAUCACCCGGCCGCCCAUUGUGAGCCUGGCCGAACCCAUAAUGGGCUUGCUAAAAAAGGCCCUUUUAGUGCCCACAGGGCAGAAGAGUUUAAAAACCGGCUACUUCUAUUGUGUAUCUGGCAAAUCCACAAUGGGUACGAAAAAAGGAUCUCUUUCAACUUACAGUACUUGUUAGUGCUCUCGGAGAGGAACGAAGAAAAUACCAUAAUAUUAAUAUAUAUUAUUUAUUAUUUUGAUGAAAAACUUAAUACGACACAUCAAAAUAAAUCAUGUACUUUUAUUUAUUUUAAAGGAAUUUUCAAAAUAUUAAUGACAAAUACCAUAAUUUCUACAGAUAUGCGAUAUCACGAAUAUUGAUUUAGAAUUAUUCGUAUUUUCGAACAUUAUUCUAAAUUCAACUGAAAAAUGAGAGAUUUCACUGGAUAUUAUUCAAAGAAAUGAAAAAUAGAAGUGAAAAAGAAUAAUUUUCGCAAUGAAUUCGUCAUUGAAAGGAACGGAAUCUAUAAUAACUCAAAGCUGUUUUCAACCAAUAUCAGACGAAAACUGGAAAAUUUUUUAUAAUGUUAUUCUAAUUGCAAUUGUGCUCUUAUUAAGUUGUUUGAUUGUUGCCUUGGUUAAAAAUAUCGUCAACCUUCCUCAUACAGUAAUAUUCAUUUUUGAGGGAAUAAUUUUCGGCUUGAUUAUCGAAAAUAUAAAUGUCGGAUUAAAAACGAAUGAUAUUUUUCGUUACGUGCUACUUAAUCCUGUAACCAUUUUACAGCUAUUUCUGCCAUACUUAAUUUUCGGAUCGACAUUUAUGUUAGAAACUGAUUUGUUCCUUUCUGUAGCUAACUGUUGUGUAAUUCUAGGAAUUCUAGGAUUUAUUUUGUCUACUUGUAUUAUGUAUAUAUUUGCACUUUAUUUACAUCCUAUUUAUAUGUGGAAUCAAUUAAUUACUGUAGGAUUUGCCGCCGUCGUGUUUAUUACAGAUCCUUUUUUUAUUGGUCACACUCUAAAGAACGAAAGUGGAGAAAUGAAAUACAUGUGCACCAUAUUAGAAGGAGAAGGACUUAUUAACAAUACGAUUGCAUUGUUAAUAUUAAAUUUAUAUAAUAUAAUUAUGAAUGAAAGUUGUAAUUCCGAAGAUAUAUUUUUUAUAACCGUCAAAAUCAUCUUAAAGUCAUUGUUAUCAGGAUUCGUUUUCGGUAAAAUAGUAAAUUUUGGAUUACACAUGACUAAAAAUGACACCAUCACUGAAAUAACCAUUUAUUUAACGGUACCAUACGUGGUAUUUUUCUUUAAUGAAGAUAUUUUAAACGGAAAUGGCUUUUUAGCUGUUUUUGUGGCAGGAUUUAUUAUUAGUAGAGGCAAAGAUAGCUUACCCCCUGAUGAAUUAGAAGCAGUGAAAACUUACUGGAAAAUGUUGAAUUACAUUUUUGAUACGUUCAUAUUCAUCAUAAUUGGAAUAUUGAUAGUUCAGCUUUUUUUAAAUCCAGUAAUUAGGUUUGAAAUCGAAUCUACAACCUCCGAAGAUAUUUGGGUAAUUCAAAAUUAUAUUUUACUUCAACUCAUUAGGAUGGCAACGAUCUUAAUACUUUAUCUAGUGUUUAAGAAGUUUGGAUACGAUUUAAAAUGGAAAGAUACCAUCGUUUUAAUAUGGGUUUCGACUAGAGGAAUUGUUUCUCUAUUAUUAAGUUUGUACAUAUCUUUCUAUUACGGUUUUGACGAUUAUCGAAUUGGAAAAAUGCUAUUUCAAGUCGGCGGAAUUUCGUUUUUAACACUUUUCAAUCAUAUCAGCGCAAGAUAUUUACUAAAUAUCAUAGGUGUGAGCACUGUUUCAUUACCGGGAAGAGCCAGGAUGAUUCAUGCUGUAACGCAUUUGCGUAAAAUAAUUGCCAAAUCAAUUAAAGUACAACAUUUAGAUCAAUUUAUGUCGGUUGCAAAUUGGCAAUGGAUAAAACAUCACACUUACAUCGAAGAUCCAUAUAAAAGUACAAGUGAUCAGCUAGAGGCCAUUUCUUAUUUUAAACCUCGAACUAUCACAUGUUCGGAUUGCUUUCACAAUCAACCCGUAAUUCUCACUAAAGACGAACAGGAAGAGUUAUUAAAAGAAUUGAAUAUUCGAGCUCUAAAAUCGGCCAAAAUUUAUUAUUGGAAACAAUUCAACAUGGGAUUAAUCCGGAGAGAAACUGCAAGAUUAAUGGCAUCAUUGGCAUCACGAGAGCUUUCUAGAAAAAAUCCCCGAUAUUUAGACGCGACUGUUGUCAUAAAAUUUAUGAUCCGAAACGAAUUAUACGAUUUAUUAGGGGAUUAUGCUAAAAGAUACAUUAGAUCGAUCGACAGAUAUAUAGGGAAAGAAAUAAUAGAAGAUAAAGGAAAACGUAAAAAUGAAUCUGCAAGAAGAAUGAUUUAUUCUACUAAUUAUGAAUACAUUUUGCACGUUUUACUUAUUUUACCAUUUAUUAUGGUUUUGAUUACUUCCAUAACAAAUUUUAAAAGUUUGAAAUUCAUUCAGAAGUCGACAAAAAUAUUUAUUCCUUGCGCACAAAUCCUUGUAUUAAUCACGGAUUCCUUUCUCCGUAUACGAAUUGUUGGUUUCAAAACUUACGUACAGAGCCACAUUAAUCAAUUAAGUAUAUUUCUGAUAGUGGUUAAUGUUUUGUUAAUUAUAAAAUGGUUCCUUUAUUAUAAUCAAAAAUAUAUGAUAUUCUUUGAAUAUUUCUACUAUUUUGUUAUGUUUCGUUUAAUUCUGAUAGUUAAAUUAAUCUGCAUUUGCGUGAACGAAAUUGCUGUUUUUAGUAUAAAUUCUGCUAUGCAUCAAAAUUUCGAUAUGGCCCUUUGUUUUCUGUUAGCAGAAGAAGAAAAUAUUAAAAAAGUAGAAUUUAUGCUAGAAUAUACACAGUUGGUCAAUGCUUUAAAAGAAAAAAUAAAUAGAAAUAAGCGGAUUAUUUUAAGAGAAUUAAUGGAAAUGCAACAUAUGUAUCCAGUUUCGAUUAUUGCAGCUAAAAGAAGAUUAGCAUCUCGAAGAAUUUUGUUCAAUGGCUUGCAAGCAGUAAUUCAAAUGAAAGAAGAUGGAAUUUUGGGUGAAUAUGAAUACAUUAAGCUAUUAAAUAUUAUCGAAAAUAAAACGAGGAAUUUAUUAGCAAUACCAUCGUAUAAAAAUUUUAUCGUAAAACCAACAGUUAUUCUGAAAAACGUUAAAUGGAUUACAGGAUCGGAAAAACUUGAACAUUUUUGCAAACUUGACUAUGAUGUAUGGACGUUUACCUCGGGAACAAUUCUACAUAAAUUGGAUAAAUAUGCUUCAAAUAUCUACAUAAUCGUAUCUGGGAUCGUUAAAGUCAUAGGAACAAGUCAAUAUCAACAAAGUAACUUAUUACCAUUUACAAAUUCUUUCUUAUAUUUUUAUGAUAAUGGUUCUUUUGAAGAUUAUUUGUCCGUCUGCGAAACUUUAGGUCUAAUCGGUAUUUUAAACAAUGCAAAAUCUGUCACCGAAACAAUAUGCGAAACAGACGUAACUGUCAUAAUCAUAUCACUCAGUAAAAUGAGAUACUCUUUUAGAAAAUUUUCAGAUCCUCCAAGUUUGCAAUACGAAAUAUGGAGGUUCGUGGCGUUGCAAGUAGCUUUGCCCCUGUUGAUUCGUAAUCCCUAUUAUAAGUUCUUGUCCAUUGAGAAAUUGAAGCAAAUUCUGGAAAAGGCUAUCAUUCCCGAUCUUUAUGGAUAUCAUGAUAUGGUUUUAAGUGAUGAAAUAUUAGAUGCUAUACUAAUCCAGGGAAAAGUUAAAACAAAGAUCACGGGAGAAGUAUUUCGAGGACCAAUCUGUCUCCCUCGAUACGUAAAACAUCUAUUAUUUAAUGAUGUAAUUUACGAUCGAGAUCGAACAAUACUGUUAUUAUUGACUGUAGAAGAUUUCGCUUUACCGGACGAAUUAGAUUGGUCUGGAAACGAUGGUAUUUCAAAAAAACGUUCCCUUUGUCUGACGCAUCUACUUGAAGAAAAACUGUUAGAGGAAAUUUCACCAAAUAAAAAUAUGUGAAAUAAUAUGAUGUCGUAAUAAAAUAUUUAAUGUUAGAAGUUUUGUUAUUUUUCAACAAUAAAAUUCAAUAGCACCAUCUCCAUAAUUCUGCUAUUCUGGGAGCGUAAUCGGUAUUAGAUUCGAUAAUUUUCUAAAACAUGGGGUGAGGGGAGUAAGUAAAUAUAGCAGGGGCAAAAAGAAGCAAGUAGGCGGCAGGGAACGUUGAGGCAGGGUGACCAUAGGUAAGGAUUGGGGUCACUGACAACCAUUCACGAAAAGCUUCGGUCGGCUCAUCGGACGCAUGCGUCCAUCAUCGUUUCGUCGGAGUCAUAGUCUCAGGUGCUGCAUACUCCAUAUGAACAGAGAAUAGAAUAGAAUAGACAACCAUUCACUUUCCUCUGUUAAAACGGGUAAGAAGAAACAUCGCGUUUAAUGGUUUCUAGAUGUGGAGAACAAUGUACGGUAAGGAUACAAAGUAUGAGGUUUAUAGAAAAGUUUUCUAAGAAUAUUUCUAAACCUUUCUUACACAAGGAGAAAUGGGUUAGGAGGCAUUGGGUAUAAGUUUAUGGAACUGAAGGGGCGGUAGCUCAAGUUUGAGAAUCACUGUUCUAGAUGUAUUGGAAACAUUUGUCUGACGGGUAUAUAAGGGACGCUUAUUUGUCGAUGGGGAGUCAGUCUAAUUACUAGACUGAAUUUCCGAUAUAUCUGGCAUUCAGCAAGUUUCCGCACAGUGUUACCACCCGUCCGGUUUUCACCC